AUGGAUCUCGCGCCCGCCGCUCUCCACCGCCGCCGCCUCUCGCUCGCCCUCCCACGGGCGCGCCCCGCCUCGCACGCGGCCGUGGUCAAGACUCUUUCAGGACGAGCUUUCGCCCGUCUCCGCCCUGCCGCCUCAGCACUGGAGCAGCUUGGGCGCGGGCAGCGGGAAAACACGGAGCAAGACCUGGGGAACAAGAAUGGAUUGCAGAGAUCUUCAUCCUCAGAAUCCACAGACUCAGGUUUGGCUUUGGAUUCCCCCGGCCCUGCGACCUCCGGCGACGCCGUGGAGGACACGUUUGAGAAAGCAAUUCUCAAAUCCAGCAGACUGAACCUUCGAAUACCUUUCAGGAGAAUACACUCCCUGCCACAAAACCUGCUGGGAUCCAGCCCUGCCCUGAAGAGAAACCAUUCAGAUUCUCUGGACAGUGAUGCUUUCCAGCCACUGGCACAAGAUGAAAAUAAGGAGAAUGAAUCGUUUGAGUUUAAGAAGCCAACCAAACCAGCUUCUCGUUGCUUCCGUGAUGGAAGGGCUGGAGCGAGGCAGAAUUCAUCUCCAGCCCAGAUUAUUCCCAUGGAUGAAACCCCCUCGGGUGAGCAGGAGAACUACAGGCCAGCCUUCCUGCAGCAGCAUUCCCUGACCUCGGAGAGCGAGGACGACGAUGGCUUCCUGGAGCUGCUGGAUGACCAGGAUUUGAAGAACGACGAGGAGGUGCCGUCGGACGUGGCGAGUCUCUGGACGGCGCCGCUGGUCAUGAGGAGGGCGGACAAUCGGGCCAAACGGUGCCGCUUGUUUGGCUCUUCGUCCGUGUCCAGCACUGCAGGAAGAACCACCCAGAAGAGGAUGGAGAGAUCCCAGGAAGACAAUUCCCCAGGGAAAAGCAAGAAGAGGAAAAGCCUGCCUGGAACUUCCGAGGACCCAACGAGUGUGAAACUGGUGAGGACCCAACCCUCCACAGCAGAGAUCGAGAGCAUCUUGGACAGCGACCAGAGAGACCUGAUUGGGGACUUCUCCAAGAGUUAUUUACUUGACACUGUUGAUGGGAAACAUCAGGAUUUAAAAUACAUCGACUCGGAAAUGAUUGUGUCUGUGCUGACUGGGAAGUUUGAGAGCUUCAUCAAGCAGUGUGUGAUAAUGGACUGCAGAUACCCCUACGAGUACGAAGGAGGGCACAUCAAGGGUGCCAUAAACCUCCACAUGGAAGAGGACGUGGAGAACUACCUGCUGAAGCAGCCGAUCGAGCCGGCGGAGAACAAGCGGGUCAUCGUGGUGUUCUACUGCGAGUUCUCCUCGGAGCGGGGCCCUCGGAUGUGCCGGUUCGUGCGGGAGCAGGACAGGCUGAGCAACGAGUACCCCAGCCUGCACUACCCAGAGCUCUACGUGCUCAAGGGGGGCUACAAGGAUUUCUUCUCGAGAUGCAGGAGCUUCUGUGAGCCCGAGAGCUACCGCCCGAUGCACCACAAGGACUUUAAGGAGGACCUGAAGAGGUUCCGCACCAAGAGCCGGACCUGGGCUGGGGAGAAGAGCAAGAGGGAGAUGUACAGUCGCCUGAAGAAGCUCUGAGGGCUGCAGGGACCCAGCACGGACUGUCCAGCGUGGGGGGCCUGUCCUGCCUCUCUCCUCCUCUGUUUGCUCCCUGGGAACUCCUGGAACUCGGGGCUUCGGGCCCGGAUCCGGCCGGGAGCUGCCUUUGGUUAUUUUUGUUACAUUGCUUCCUGAAAAAUGGCUUCUUGUGUUCUGUGCCACCCCCGGAGCACCCGGGGAGGGGUGGGGAGAGACCCGUGGGGGCAGCAGUGUUGAGGGUGUUUUAGUGCCUGUUAUUUUUUUAAAUGCUCGAUUUUAUUUAAAUACAGUCAAAUGAAGCCAAUACUGCCGCUGUUGGAUCAUCUGGGUUCUACUCAGACCUGGUUUCUGCCCCAGGGCAUCCUGCUGGUGGAGGGGUGGGGGUUAAUUAUUGUACUCAGCUGCAGCUUUGGUUCUGUGUAGUGUUUGUGGUGAAGGAAAACGGGAAAUGUCCCGUUACAGCCCGAGGUUCCCACCUCUAAGCCUCUGAAAGCCCAUCUAAGGGGAAUUGCUUGUUCAUAAAUAUCAUGUUCACCUCGUUUACUUCAAAUUGUUUUAUUUCAUAGUCUCUUUGUGUAGUUUUAGAGGAGUUGGUGUUUUAAAGGAGGGAGAAUUUCUGGGAGCUGGGGAGGAUCAGCAGUGGGAUGAAAAGCUGUUGAUUUGCUGUCGCCGCUGCCUCCGAGGGUGUGAGUUGUUAUCCUGAAACAUUCCCAGAACAGACAGUGAGGAAUCCUGGGAGGCUGCUCCUGCACCCGGGGGUGAUUGUGGCCACUUCUCCCUCUGCCAGGAAAGGGCAGGAAGUAAAUUAAUCCUUGAAGGAAGAGGAACUUCCUCGGCAGCGUUGGGCCCUGCAGCUGAGGAAGUUCUGCUGUGCCAGCCCCAAAACUGCUUGGCUGCUGAUUUUUGGGGUCACAUCAGCCCCAGCUCUCCAGUCCUGCAGCAGCCCAGGGAUUUUGGGGUGUGAUGGAGCUGGAGCUCAUCUUCCUCACACACCAACUUCCUGGAGAAACUGGUGCUCCUUGGGAGCACCACGUGCCUGGGAGCUCCCAGCUCUCCUCUCGUGUCCUGUUUGUAUCCGUGUCAAAAAAGUAUUGAAAUGGAGGUGCCUUAUGUGGAGUUCUGACUUGAUUUCUUUUGAAAAUCUGUUUCUUAAAACGUUGUUGUUAAUCCUCUUGAGAAGCAAAAGGGUAGACUUGGAGUUUUUUUCUCGUUUAAAAAAAAAAUAAAUC